GGGCGCCUCCCCAGCCCCGCGGGAUCGGGAUCGGGAUCGGGAUUGGCGCUUUGGGGUCGCUGGCAUGUUGGGAAGAGCGGCUCUGACUCCUGACAGUCCCAACUUCCCCUGACCCCGCAGCCUGAUCCCAAAUCUCUUUGGGGAGCUCCAGCUCCCGCGAGCGGCCGGGCCAUGCUGGAGGACGAGGACGGGAUGAGCGAGCGCGGCCUCGGCGGCUCCCGGAGGAGGUUCGAGGAUGAGGAAGACUACCACUCCAUCUACAUCGGGGUGCCGGUGCCGCGCGGCUUCCGCAGGAAACGGCGCCGCCGGCGCUCGCCGGGCUCCAGCCGCGAGCGCAGCGGCAGCGAGCGCCACUUCGGGCCCCGCGAGCCCUCGGACACCGACGAGGGCCAGGGCUGGCCCGAGAGCGCCAACGACAACGCCAGCAGGACCAUGUCGCCGGCCGCGGAACGGCUCCGGUACAUCCUGGGGGAGGAGGACGAGCCCCCGAACCCGACGCUGUUCACGGAGAUGGACACGCUGCAGCGCGACGGCGACGAGAUGGAGUGGAAGGAAUCGGCCAGGUGGAUCAAGUUCGAAGAGAAGGUGGAGGAAGGCGGCGAGAGGUGGAGCAAACCCCACGUGUCCACGUUGUCCCUGCACAGCCUCUUCGAGCUGCGGACGUGUCUCCAGACGGGAACGGUGCUCCUGGACCUGGACGGAUACUCCUUGCCCCAAAUUAUCGACGAUGUCAUCGAGAAGCAGAUCGAGGACGGGCUGCUGAAGCCGGAGCUGCGGGAGAAGCUCAGCUUCGUCCUCCUGCGCAAGCACCGCCACCAGACCAAGAAGCCGAUCCACCGCUCGCUGGCCGACAUCGGCAAGUCCGUGUCCUCCAACACCGCCCGCAGCCCCGCACGGGGCCCGGCUGCCGGCGCCGCCUUCCACCGCUCCACCGAGGACCUGCGGCUGCGGCAGAGCGCCAGCUACGGCCGCCUGCGUCACGCCCAGAGCCGGAGCAUGAACGACAUCUCGGACACGCCGAGCACUGACCAGCUGAAGAACAAGUUCAUCAAGAAGAUCCCCAAGGACGCCGAGGCCUCCAACGUGCUGGUGGGGGAGGUGGAGUUCCUGGAGAAGCCCUUUGUGGCCUUCGUGCGGCUGCUCCAGGCCACCAUGCUGGGGGGCGUGACGGAGGUGCCCGUCCCCACCAGAUUCCUCUUCAUUCUCCUCGGCCCGCCGGGAAAAGCCAAGUCCUACAACGAGAUCGGCAGGGCCAUCGCCACUCUCAUGGUGGACGAUCUCUUCAGCGACGUUGCCUACAAAGCCCGGGACAGGGAGGACCUGAUCGCCGGCAUCGACGAGUUCCUGGACGAGGUCAUCGUCCUCCCGCCCGGCGAGUGGGACCCCAACAUCCGGAUUGAGCCUCCCAAAAAAGUGCCCUCAGCUGAGAAAAGGAAGUCGGUGUUCUCGCUGAACGAGGUGGGGCAGAUGAACGGCGCGGCCGGCGGGGCGGGCGCCGGGGGCGGCGGCGGCGGCGGCAGCGACGAUGGGGAGAUGCCUGAAGUCCACGAGAUUGGGGAGGAGCUGGCCUGGACCGGCAGGUUUUGUGGUGGCCUCUACCUGGAUAUCAAGAGGAAGCUGCCCUGGUUCCCGAGCGACUUCUACGAAGGUUUCCAUAUCCAGUCCAUCUCCGCCAUCCUCUUCAUCUACCUGGGCUGCAUCACCAACGCCAUCACCUUCGGGGGGCUGCUGGGGGACGCCACCGAUAACUACCAGGGGGUCAUGGAGAGCUUCCUGGGCACGGCCAUGGCCGGCUCCAUGUUCUGCCUCUUCGCCGGGCAGCCCCUCAUCAUCCUCAGCAGCACCGGCCCCAUCCUCAUCUUCGAGAAGCUGCUCUUCGACUUCAGCAAAGGCAACGGGAUCGACUACAUGGAAUUCCGCCUGUGGAUCGGGCUGCACUCGGCCCUGCAGUGCCUUAUCCUGGUGGCCACCGACGCCAGCUUCAUCAUAAAGUACAUCACGCGCUUCACCGAGGAGGGCUUCUCCACCCUCAUCAGCUUCAUCUUCAUCUACGACGCCAUCAAGAAGAUGAUCGGGGCCUUCAAGUACUACCCCAUCAACUCCGACUUCAAGCCCGACUACGUGACCAUGUACAAGUGCGAGUGCGUGGCCCCCGACCCAGCCAACGCGACCUUGUUCGAUGCUUCAGCUCCAGUGGCACCAAACACCACUAACGUGUCUCUGUCCAAUGCUCUCAACCUCACAGCUCUGGACUGGACCCAGCUGAGUAAGAAGGAAUGUCUCAAGUACGGCGGCAGCUUAGUGGGAAAAUCCUGUAAAUUUGUGCCCGACCUGGCCCUCAUGUCCUUCAUCCUCUUCUUCGGCACCUACUCCAUGACCCUGACCCUGAAAAAAUUCAAAUUCAGCCGCUACUUCCCCACCAAGGUCAGGGCUUUCAUUGCUGAUUUUUCCAAUGUCUUCUCCAUCCUGCUCUUCUGUGGAGUGGACGCCUGUUUCGGACUGGACACCCCCAAACUCCACAUCCCCAGUAUCAUCAAGCCCACGCGCGUGGACCGGGGCUGGUUCGUGUUCCCCUUCGGGAAGAACCCGUGGUGGGUGUACCUGGCCAGCGCCCUGCCUGCCCUGCUGGUCACCAUCCUCAUCUUCAUGGACCAGCAGAUCACGGCCGUCAUCGUCAACAGGAAGGAGCACAAGCUGAGGAAGGCAGCCGGGUACCACCUGGACCUCUUCUGGGUGGGCAUCCUGAUGGCCGUGUGCUCCUUCAUGGGGCUGCCCUGGUACGUGGCCGCCACCGUCAUCUCCAUCGCCCACAUCGACAGCCUCAAGAUGGAGACCGAGACCAGCGCCCCGGGGGAGCAGCCCCAGUUCCUGGGGGUCAGGGAGCAGAGGGUGACCGGCAUCAUCGUCUUCGUGCUGACGGGCAUUUCGGUUUUCCUGGCUCCUAUCCUGAAGUACAUCCCCAUGCCGGUGCUCUACGGGGUCUUCCUCUACAUGGGCGUGGCGUCGCUGAACGGCAUCCAGUUCUGGGAUCGCUGCAAGCUCUUCCUGAUGCCGGCCAAGCACCAGCCCGACUACGUGUUCCUGCGGCACGUCCCGCUGCGCCGCAUCCACCUCUUCACCCUGGUGCAGAUCGUCUGCCUGGCCGUGCUCUGGAUCCUCAAAUCCACCGUGGCUGCCAUCAUCUUCCCCGUCAUGAUCUUGGCCCUGAUCCUGGUGAGGCGGCUCCUGGAUUUCGUCUUCUCCCAGCACGACCUGGCCUGGAUCGACAACAUCAUCCCCGAGAAGGAGAAGAAGAAGGAGGACGACAAGAAGAAGAAGAAGAAAGGCAACAAAGGCGACAGCAGCAGCGAUGACGAGUUCCCACCUCCCUCAGUCAUUAAGAUCCCCAUGGAGCCCCUGCCCGCGCAGCCCCGAAACGGGGGCCCCCAUUGCCUCAGCCGAAAGAGGGCCUCCACCUGGAGCUUUGCGUUCUGACUCCUCCCCAAACGGCUCGGACAUGGAUCGCAGCAUCACCCUCCACCUGAAGAUCUCGUGCCCGUCGUCUCCCGCCUUCAACUACUCCCGCAACCCCAUCUGCGCCGUGCCCCAGGUGAAGAUCGAGAUGGAGUCGGACUACGAGGACAGCGACACGGAGAAGGCCCCGCGGGA